AUGCGUUGUCUUCUGCCGCUGUUGCUGCUGCUUCCGUUGGCAUUUUGCCAGAUCACUCCGGUGCCAAAAAUGGAUAUCACCCCAAUUCCAAUAGAUAAGACGGAUCCCAAUGUUAAAGAGUUUCAACGGAUCGAUUCUAACAAGGAUGGCCAGCUGACGUUCACUGAAUUUUUGCUCUCGGACCGUCCUUUUUUGGAGCACCAAUCUAGAAGAUUCCAUGGCUUUGAUAUGAAUGGUGACGGUGUUGUGACUAAAAAAGAGUUUGAAGACUACUUUAAGAAGCUCGAGAAGCACAAACGGAGAAGUGACAUGUUCUUCAACAAAUUUAACCGCGACCGCCGUGAUCCCUUUCAGGCGUCGUUCUUCGAUUCGUUUCCGAAGAAUCCGCAAGUGGAGGAGGGCUCUCGAGAGCUCUCGGGCGGUGGUCCCCUUCAUAAUCCAUCGAUGGUCCUUCUUUGA